UGGGUUAUGGGUUAGGUGGACACUACGACCAUUCCUCAAAAGCUUAUUCAGCAAGUGCAGUCUUCGGAGCAUAUUUAACUACGUGAUGUAACCAAUUUGCCGUUAGUUGCUUUUGAUCUGACCAACGUGAACCUUCUCGAUCCGAUCAGCGUCAACCCUCCUCUAAUUUAUUGCUAGUUGCAUUGUUUUAUACAAAUCUCUAAUAAAAAUGCGGGUUAUUUCCAUCAUAAGUUUUACUAUUGCUGCUACCAUCUUCACUUAUUUGAUCGGUGCAACCCUGGCUUCCCCUGUUGGACAGGUCUCGGACGAUGUUGUGACCACCGUAGUUCCAAGUGUCCAGAGAGACGAUGCUGCCGAUGAUGACGCGACCACACCCGUGGUUUUUGCUGACGAGCCUCCCGUCACUGGAGAGAGCGUGACCCACAGGGCUCGUCAGGACGGGGACGAUGACGAUGAUGACGAUGCGACCACUGUGGGGCCCGUUUCCACCACCCGAGCCCCCGUCCUCCCCCCACUCCAAAACGAGAGCACCGUGCUCACCGAGUUCAACUUCGUGGCGCAACCUGUGGACGUCGUGGCCCCCGUCGCCACCCGCGUGACUGGGGAGGAAGAGGACACACCAGCCGCCACCUCCGCUCCCCCAGCCGUCCAGGCAGCAGAGGACAAUGACGACAGCGAGAACGAGAUUUCCCAGGAUGAAGCUGGAACCACCUACAAACCGUCGUCCACAUUUGCGGUUGAAUACAAAUACACGGUGGACAACUUUGGGAGCAACAACAGGGUAUAAAAAUAGGCGGAAGAUGCUUAAAUAAUUGCUGGUCGUACUUUCACGGAAAAAUAUCUAGAUGUACUAUUGUCUUUUGGCCAAUAAUGCACACCCUAUAAUAUAUCUUUAUAUAUUAUAUAGAGCUUAAUUCGGUUCCCCAUUCGUUCCUCCUUUUCCCGAAUUUUUAGUUUAGUUAUGACUGGAAUUGUUGAUGGAUGUGUAAUUUAUUUUGAAUGAUUGGGCUGAUUGAUUGUGACGCUAAAUUGCAAUAAAAGUUUCUACACCUCUUUGUAACUGCAUGCAUAUUUACAUACUAAUUUAAGAAAUAUUUUUCGAAUUCAUUUGUGUCCAAAGGAUGACGUGAUUGACGAUGCCACCACCGUCAUUCCUGUCAUCACCAGCAACGUCUCCUCGGCCGAAGACGUUUUCCAGGGCCAAGGCAGAGCAGGAUGUGAAUGUGGAAAACUGGCAUUUAAAAUACCCAUUGACGAACAAUCAAGAAUAAAUCCAAGCCCUUGGUUGGCAGCUGUUGUUCGUGGAGGUUUAUUUGCUGGAGGGCGACCCCAUUGUGCUGCAACUUUAAUCAACAACAUGUACGUCUUAACUUCAGCGUCAUGCAUGGAUGGACUUUAUGCGACUUCUGUCCAAGUAUGGUUGACAGCACAUGACUCUUUCGAGCAACAUCAAGCCUCCUUCGGAAAUGUGAAACUGAAUGUCCAGGAGGUUAUUAAACACCCAAAUUUCGAUAGAAGGUCGAAAGACAACGACCUCUGCUUGUUGAGGUUGUCAUCGGCAGUGGACAUUUCUGGGACAUACUUUGUACCUGUUUGCCUUCCUUCGAGCAAUUACGAUUUCGCUGGAACAACGGCAAAAAUAUCGGGUUGGUCGGAUGGCAGGGCAUACAAAAUGUGCAAAGCUGAGAUGCCCAUUCUGGAUAAUAAGAUUUGUAAUCGAGAUAGCAGACACUCUGGAAAAAUAACAGACAACAUGGUGUGUGCCGGUUUCCUUACGCCGACCAGAUUAGAAACUUGCAUCGGUGACGCUGGAGGCCCUCUGGUCAGUCCGAAUGGAGGAAGGGCAACUUUGGUCGGACUUGUAAGCUGGGGUUAUGAAGCAAAAAAUAAAGACUACUCGCCCACUGUUUACACACGAGUUUCGGAAUUCUCUGACUGGAUUUUGCAUAAUACCCGUGACGCCGACUGGUGUGGAGUGUGAGAUGGCUUGAGACCUCAUUGUGGGAUUAUUUAUUUGCAUAUUUAUAAUAUUUAUUUACAGCGAUAUCUUUGUAGUAUCUAUUUACUUAUAUUUUUGUACUACUGAAAUAAAGCAAUGCGUACAGUUAUUGAAAAUAUUA